AUGUCAUCGUUAAGAGGACUAGACUCAGAGGAGUUCCUAACAGGGGUCAGAUUGGAGUCCUGCAGCUUGUCAGAGAUCAGCUGUGCUUCUCUGGUCUCAGCUCUGAAGUCCAACCCGUCUCAUCUGACAGAACUGGACCUGAGCAACAACAACCUGAAAGAUUCUGGAGUGAAGGAGCUCUGUGGUUUUCUACAGAUUCCUUUCUGCAAACUACAGAUAUUGAAAUUGGAGUCCUGCAGCUUGUCAGAGAUCAGCUGUGCUUCUCUGGUCUCAGCUCUGAAGUCCAACCCGUCCCAUCUGACAGAACUGGACCUGAGUAGGAACAACCUGAAAGAUUCUGGAGUGAAGGAGCUCUGUGGUUUUCUACAGACUCCUCUCUACAAACUACAGAUAUUGAGAUUGAAGAGCUGCAGUUUGUCAGAGAUCAGCUGUGCUUCUCUGGGCUCAGCUCUGAAGUCCAACCCAUCCCAUCUGACAGAACUGGACUUGAGUGAUAACAAAGACCUGAAAGAUUCUGGAGUGAAGGACCUCUGUGGUUUUUUACAGACUCCUCUCUGCAAACUAAUGGUAUUGAGAUUGAAGCUCUGCAGUUUGUCAGAGAUCAGCUGUGCUUCUCUGGUCUCAGCUCUGAAGUCCAAAACGUCCCAUCUGACAGAACUUGACCUGAGCUGGAACGAACUGAAAGAUUCUGGAGUGAAGGAGCUCUGUGGUUUUCUACAGACUCCUUUCUGCAAACUACAGAUAUUGAAAUUGGAGCGCUGCAGUUUGUCAGAGAUCAGCUGUGUGUCUCUUGGCUCAGCUCUGAAGACCAAUCCGUCCCAUCUGACAGAACUGGACCUGAGCUACAACGAAGACCUGAAAGAUGCUGGAGUGAAGGAGCUCUGUGGUUUUCUACAGACUCCUCUCUGCAAACUACAGAUAUUGAAAUUGUGGCGCUGUAGUGUGUCAGAGAUCAGCUGUGCUUCUCUGAGCUCAGCUCUGAAGUCCAACCCGUCCCAUCUGACAGAACUGGACCUGCGUCAGAACAACCUAAAAGAUGCUGGAGUGAAGGAGCUCUGUGGUUUUCUACAAACUCCUCUCUGCAAACUACAGACAUUGAGAUUGAGGAGCUGCAGUUUGUCAGAGAUCAGCUGUGCUUCUCUGGUCUCAGCUCUGACGUCUAACCCGUCCCAUCUGAAAGAACUGAACCUGAGCUGGAACAACAACCUGAAAGAUGCUGGAGUGAAGGAGCUCUGUGGUUUUUUACAGACUCCUCUCUGCAAACUACAGAUAUUGAGAUUGUGGAGCUGCAGUUUGUCAGAGAUCAGCUGUGCUUCUCUGGUCUCAGCUCUGAAGUCCAACCCGUCCCAUCUGACAGAACUGGACCUGCGCUACAAUGACCUGAAGGAGUCAGAUGUUCAGCAGCUGGAGGAUCUUGUAAAGAGUCCAGACUACAAACUGAAUCAUGUGUCAUGGAGGUGAUGAUCUUUGUGAAGGAGAGAAGCUGAGCUGUGUCCUGAUGAUCCACAGAGGUUGAAGCUGCAGCAGUUUGAGUUUAAAGAGACUGACUGGAUCAUGAUGAUGAACUCUGAGUUUAGAGAUUUUUAUCCUGUUUAUUUUAUCAUGUCUGUCAUUUAGUGUCUGAUAUUGUUUGUCUCUUUAGAUCAAUGGAGACUAAGAAAAAAACACUUUAGAAAACUAUUAGAGAAUUUACACAAAGAAUCAAGCAAAAAUGACACAAAAACAUUGUUCCCUGGAUAAAUGCAGAUAUUAUAAAACUCAUGAACGAAUGAGAUCCAGCUCUAAAAAUAGCAAAUAAAACUAAAUGAAGUCAUGACAGAGGAUGUUUCACCAUGUUGAGAAAUAAAGUGAUAAGAUUAUUCAGAAAAGCAAAGCCAGACAUGUGGUGGUGGUGCAGAGGUGAAGCACUCAACCCAUAUUCAGAGGCCUCAGUCCCUGUUGUGGGUUUGACUCCGGGCCCAGGCGAGCUUUGCUGCUUGUCUUCCUUCUCUCUCCACCCCUUUUCUGUCAACUUCCUGUCAAAAACAAAAAGAGAAAAAUAAAGGGACAUUCCAUCAUGAUUCUGCUGCUGAUAA